AUGCUGCAUGGUGAUGAAGCACGAGUCUCUUUUGAUGACACAUUGUCAUCAGAUCUAUCUAUACAUCUACGUGAUUUUGUCUGUCCAUAUCUAUCUAGUUAUCUAUCUAUAACAUUCUCCACAUGUAUAUCUAUCUAUCAAUCUAUCUAUUUAUUUUCUCUUUCUUUCUAUCUAUUUUAUUCUCUUCAUAUCUCUUUCUCUUUAUCUCUCUCUCUCUCUCUCUCUCUCUAUAUAUAUAUAUAUAUAUAUAUAUAUAUAUAUAUAUAUAUAUAUUUAUUGUUCUCCACAUAUCUCUCUAUCUAUUUCAAUCUCUUUCUUUUUAUAUGUCUAUUUUAUUCUCCUGAUCUAUCUAUCUAUCUAUCUAUCUAUCUAUCUAUCUAUCUAUCUAUCUUAGUCGCUUCAUUAUCUAUCUAUCUAUCUAUCUAUCUAUCUAUCUAUCUAUCUAUCUUAGUCGCUUCAUUAUCUAUCUAUCUAUCUAUCUAUCUAUCUUGUUCUCCUUGUCUAUAUCUGUCUAUGUACAAGUGCAUUCAUAUCAGUUUGCAGUGCAGUCAGGUUGGCACAUCUUAA